UUCCCCCCCAUGAGCCCGAUCUCACCAGUUCGGUUCGAUCGAUGCAGAGAUCCAAAUUUUGGCAGAGGCAGAGCAACUCUCGCACAGAGAGAGAGAGAGAGGACCUGCCUUGGAGCUAAUGGCUAUGGCGGACUCGAUCCCCUCCCCGUCUCCCACGCCGCCCAGAUCCGCGGCCGAUCUGUUUUCCGAUCCACUCGACUCCCACCCCCUGUGGUUCAAACCCACCGCCUUUCUCUCCCGGGACUUCGACUCCGAGUCCUACAUCUCCGAGCUCCGUACUUUCGUCCCCUUCGACGCCCUCCGCUCCGAGCUCCAGUCCCACCUCUCUGCCCUCAACCACGAGCUCAUCGACCUCAUCAACCGCGAUUACAAUGACUUUGUCAACUUGAGCACCAAGCUCGUCGAUGUGGACUCCGCCAUCGUCCGGAUGCGAGCUCCGCUGGUUGAGCUCAGGGAGAAGAUCGAAGGUUUCAGAGGCAGCGUUGAGGCGUCCCUUGUGUCUCUGCGCAAUGGCCUGAAGCAGCGCUCCGAGGCUGCCGCUGCUAGGGAGGUCUUGGAAUUGUUGCUCGACACAUUUCACGUUGUGUCUAAGGUCGAGAAGCUAAUAAAGGAGCUGCCAACCGUGCCCUCUGAUUGGUCUACUGGGGAUGCAAAUAAUAAUAUGAUGGAGAAGGCCUCCUCCAUCAACAACGGAUUAUCUUUGCAGCAUGCUGAGGUGGGGACGAAUCUGAGGGAGACCCAGAGCAUGAUACUAGAGAGAAUUGCCAGCGAGAUGAACCGGCUCAAGUUCUACAUUGCUCAUGCAAAGAAUCUGCCUUUUGUUGAAAACAUGGAGAAGAGGAUUCAGAAUGCAAGCCAGCUGUUAGAUGCAAGUUUAUCCCAUUGCUUCAUGGAUGGUUUGGAGCAUCGAGAUGCUAAUGCAAUAUACAAUUGCUUACGUGCUUAUGCUGCAAUUGACAACACUGGCAAUGCUGAAGAAAUUUUCCGAACGGCUAUCGUAACACCAAUGAUACAGAAAAUUAUACCUCAUGACCAGUUGGGUGUUGUUGAUGGGGCAUCCACUGAACUUGAGAGUGAUUAUCGACUAAUUAAACAAAGUAUUCAGGAAGAUUGUAAGUUUUUAUUGGACAUUGCAUCUGCUGAAAAUUCGGGUUUACAUGUCUUUGACUUCUUGGCCAAUUCAAUUCUCAAAGAGGUCCUCCUAUCAAUUCAAAAGGCAAAACCAGGUUCUUUUUCUCCAGGGAGACCCACUGAGUUCUUGAGAAAUUAUAAAACAAGCCUUGACUUCUUGGCUCAUCUUGAAGGAUAUUGUCCAUCGAGAUCUGCCGUUACUAGAUUUCGUUCAGAAGCAGCCUAUGUAGAGUUUAUGAAGCAGUGGAAUCUUGGGGUCUAUUUCUCUCUUAGAUUUCAGGAAAUAGCAGGGGCUCUGGACUUUGCACUUUCGUCAACUAGUCUUGUCCCAGUUCAGAAUCAGAGUCCUGAUGGUGGGAAUCUGACACUAAAACAGAGUCUCACACUACUAGAUAGCCUGAGAUCCUGCUGGAAGGAAGAUGUUCUCAUACUUUCCUGCUCUGACAAAUUUCUUCGUUUAUCUUUGCAGCUUCUUGCGAGAUACUCAAACUGGCUGUCAUCUGGGCUGGCUGCUCGUAAGAAGGUUGAUGCUGGCUCCAACCCGGGAUGUGAAUGGGCUGCAUCUGCAGUUCCAGAUGAUUUUAUUUAUAUUAUCCAUGAUAUAGACCUCCUAGCACAAGAAGUUCGUGGUGACUACCUCAGGCAUAUACUCCAGCUCCUCUCUUCAUGCUCUGCUGAAAUUUGUGAUUCUGUAAAGGACAGUAUUUUGCAUGGAGGGAAUUCGUUGAGUGACAUGAUUCCUCAAGUCAUCAGCACAAUUAUUGAGGCGCUGGCUGAAAAGGCUGCUGAGGAGUUGAGACAGCUGAAAGGUAUAACCGCAACAUAUAGGAUGACAAAUAAACCGCUUCCUACCCGGCAUUCACCCUAUGUCUCAGGCAUAUUGCGUCCCCUGAAGUCCCUUCUCGAUGGAGAGCGGGCAGCAGCAUACAUGAAUGCAGAAGUGAAGAGCAAACUGAUAUCUGGGGCCGCUACCGAGAUUACUGGUCGAUACUAUGAGUUAGCUUCUGAGCUAGUCAAUGUGGCCAGGAAAACUGAAUCUUCGCUCCAAAGGAUAAGACAGGGUGCGCAAAGGCGAGCUGGGGCGAGCUCAGAGAUAUCGGACAAUAAUGUCUCCGACCCUGAUAAGAUCUGUAUGCAGCUAUUCCUCGACAUUCAGGAAUAUGGUCGCAACCUUGCCUCACUUGGUGUUGAAGCAGCUGACAUCCCAUCGUACUGUUCCUUGUGGCAGUGUGUCGCUCCUCAAGACAGGCAAAAUACGAUCAAGUUCUAGAGCUUUGCUGGCUUAAACGGUGAAAAUACAGAGUCGUCAUUCUUUUUCGUUGCAGUUAGGUGUUCAUGGAUGUCCAUUGAAAGUAUGUUUGCAUAUUAGCAUCACAUAGAGAGAAAUCUUUUGUACGAGGGACUUUUGAGAAGUUAAUUUUACAUGUGUGAGAUAGUAUUCGUAAGGCACGGAUUUCUUGAUUUUCAGCGGGAGUUGAAUAAUAAGAUGAUAAUUCGGGAGGUAAUUCUCAUUUAUCA